AACUUGACCUUAUCAAGAGAAUGAUACGUUUAGAUAAAAGAUUUCGAAGUGCAAGUGAAUUCGAUUCAACAUACUGAAAAAAUAUUCACUGCAGAUCAUUUAUUAAUUCGAUUUCGAAGAAAACGUUCGAUAAAGUAAAGACAUGUCGAAGGCUCUGAAUCAUUUCAAAAAUGUUACCUUCCAACUACCCAAUGUGGAAAAAAUGUAUUCUCAACUACUAGGAGGAAUAGAUUGGCCCAAAAAUCCUUUCACUGUUAUGGAUGUUGGCUGUGGUUCUGGUAGAGUACUCCUGCAGAUACUAGAACCUCUUUUACCUCCACAUUACGAAGAAAUAGUUGGCAUUGAUAUAAGCGAGGAAAUGAUAAGUGUUUGCAAAACAUUGAAGACAGAUCCCCGAAUAUCUUUUGUAUCGAUGGACAUUGAGCAAGAGGUCAUACCGAAGAAAUUUCAUAACAGAUUCAAUUAUAUAUCUUCCUGCUUUGUCCUCCAUUAUGCGAAGGAUUUGGGGAAGGCACUAUUCAACUGCAAUCAGUUACUUAAAGUAAAUGGAGAGAUGGUGUUGAUAUUUUUAUAUGGAUCUAAUCCAUUAUUCGAAGCAUACAAACAAAUGUCCACCAUUGCGGAAUGGAAACCAUACACAAAACAGUUCGAAAAUUAUGUUCCCGAAUUUAUAUCGAAAGAUCCACUGCAAGAACUGAAAAUGAAAUUCAAUGAAAGCGGUUUCGAGGUUUUGUGGAGCGGAUUGAAUCAUGAUCCUUACGAGUCUGAAGUUGAAAAUUUUCUAGCAUUAUUCAAUGCCAUGGAUUUGAUAUACCACAGGAUACCGGAGGAUAAAAAACGAAAAUAUGAGGAAGAUUUUUCGAGAAUAAUGGCUGAUGUAUUGGGCCUUAGUGCAGAAAAGCAGGAUCUAAACAAGAAUGUGAUGAAAUAUUUUCCGACAAUAAUGGUUCAUGCAAAGAAGCGCUCAUGAAUAUUUUUGAUAUUUAGUUGUUGUUUUUGUACUUUAUAUACUUACUCUACACAAUCUCUCUCAUGUAGAAUAAGGAGAUAACAAAGAAGAAAAUGUAAACCAUAGUUACUUGUGCAACCAUUUGGGAAAAGCAUUAUUUUUCGUAAUAAGCAAAAUACGCUGAUUAUCGCGAAAUAAGAAAAAUAGUGUUUCCCAACGUGUUUCACACAAUUUUUUUUUUUUGAUAGCAUUCGUCUAGGAAUUCAAAUUAAAAGUACCAAAUACGUCUA